AUGCAUAGUCAAGAAGCUGGUGCAUCAUCCAAUAAUCAGCCACAAUCUGAAAACAUCGAAUUAACAGAUAAUGUACAUGGCAUGGAGGAAGAAACCCAUGACAGCGUGGAAGUCGGGAGCAGCACAACUGAUAGAUUACUAUCUCCACAGUUUAGAGAUAGAGCUGCAAGACAUAUAGACCAAAUAGGUAGAAAGUUUAAUAUAUUAGACCGUGUCUUUAGAAGACGAUCUCAUAGCCAAGGCGAAGGCUUUGACGGAGUUUUUAGUAAUUUGGCAGCCAAACCUGACAACGAAGAAGGCAAUACAAAUGAAAAUAAUGACGUACCACCAACCUAUGACGAAGCUGCCGCAGACAUGGUUCCCUCAUACUACGGAAUGGAUUUAAGUAGCUCUAGCAUGUAUUAUGAUGAAAUUUGUAUCGAAGGCCUACCAGUAGGUAAUAUCGCUAAUCUAUUAUGGAACAUUAUUGUUAGUGCAAGUUUUCAAUUUGUGGGAUUUUUGAUAACGUACAUUCUUCAUACUUCACAUGCGGCAAAGCAAGGGUCGAGGUUUGGUCUUGGUAUAACCUUUCUAGGUUAUGCGUAUUCAAUGAUUCCUAAUAAUGUCACGUCAAAGGUUGGUAAGCAUAAGACUCUUAACAGGGUAGAACUUUCAGAUCCAAAUUCUUUCGAUGAUAUCCAUUUAUAUUCAAACCCAAGUACACAGGACGAAUUCGAAUCGAACCUCAGCCAUGGGAUCGACGACGAAAAGCAAGACCUACCGAUACUUGCCAUUUUCAUUAGUCUCUUAGGUAUAUUUAUAUCAAUAAAGAGUAUAGUUGAUUACGUCAAAGUUAAGAAAUUGGAAGCGAAAUAUAUGGCACAAGAACAACCACAGGAAGUAUGA